CAAAUUUCAGGUUAAUAACAUCGCGAACCUCAAAGUCCACUUCUCAGCCAGAGCUGAAGGGAACGCUGCCUGUUUACAGCUGCACAUUUUCUUUAAUGUGUGAAGAUGACCGGCGUGGGCAUGCAAUGUAUGAAGCAAAUCCGAUACCUCGGCCUAAGAGCUUAUUCCAAAAUAGCAGCACAGCUGAAAGUGGAAUAUGAUGCUGUGAUCAUUGGAGGAGGGCACAAUGGUCUAGUGGCGGCAGCUUAUUUGCAGAAAUCUGGAUUGAGUGCCGUGGUUCUUGAAAGAAGACACGUGAUUGGAGGAGCAGCAGUUACAGAAGAGAUCAUUCCAGGUUUUAAAUUCUCUAGAGCAUCAUAUCUACUCAGUCUCCUGAGACCACAGAUUUAUAAAGAUCUGGAACUGAAGAAACAUGGGUUAAAAAUUUACUUUCGAGAUCCUCAUUCAUUUACUCCGAUGUUAGAAAAUGUGAAGGGACAGCCACCAAGGUCUCUACUUCUAGGGUUAGAUAUGGUAAAGAACCAGCAGCAGAUAGCUCAGUUCUCUAAGAAAGAUGCUGAGGCAUACCCAAAAUAUGAGCACUUUAUGAAUCGUUUGGUGUCGGCAAUAGAUCCUCUUCUUGAUGCACCACCAGUAGACACAGCAGCCAUCACUCAGGGGUCACUAGCGCAGAGAGUGAAGUCACUUAAAACUCUACAGCCUUUAAUGAAAGCCGGAAUUACACUGGGGAGUCAGAUUCCUAAAUAUUAUGAAGUUCUUACUGGUCCUAUAUCCAAGAUUCUAGAUCAGUGGUUUGAGUCUGAACCUUUGAAAUGUACUCUGGCUACAGAUGCCGUUAUCGGUGCAAUGGCGAGUCCAUCUACACCUGGAAGUGGGUAUGUGUUAUUACAUCACGUCAUGGGAGAACUAGAAGGAAAGAAAGGGUCGUGGGGUUAUGUAGAAGGAGGAAUGGGCAUGGUGUCCAGUGCAAUUGCCAAAGCGGCGGUGGAAGCAGGAGCUGAGAUUUACACAGAAAAGGUAGUAGAGCAGAUCCUAGUGGAUGACAAUGGAAAAGCUUAUGGUGUACUCCUGCAAGAUGGAACAGAAGUGCACAGCAGGUUGGUCCUGUCCAAUGCCUCACCUCAUCACACAUUUUUAAAACUGACUCCACAAGAGCAAUUGCCAGAGGAUUUUAUAACAAUGAUCUCACAGUUUGAUGCCAAAUCUCCAGUUACCAAAAUAAAUGUGGCUGUAGAUCGGUUACCAAACUUCCUAUGUAUACCAAACACAUCUGAUGGCAAACCACUGCCCCAUCACCAAUGCUCAAUUCAUCUAAACAGCGAGCAUAUGAAACUUCUAGAUGAGGCGCAUGAAGACGCUUGUAGGGGAAUACCAUCAUCGAGGCCUAUGAUUGAACUGUGUAUUCCCUCAUCACUAGACCCUACCCUGGCUCCUCCUGGAUGCCAUGUAAUUUCAAUCUUCUCACAAUACACUCCAUACACUCUGGCUGGAGGCCAACAGUGGGAUGAUGAAGAAAUAAAUAAAUAUGCAGAUAAUGUGUUCGACUGGAUAGAAAAAUACGCUCCCGGUUUCAAGUCUUCUGUGAUAGGCAGAGACGUCCUCACACCGCCGGAUCUGGAAAGGAUAUUCGGCCUCCCUGGAGGAAAUAUUUUCCAUGGAAGUAUGUCCCUGGAUCAGUUAUAUUUUUCACGCCCAGGGUCCGGCUUUUCAAAUUACAGAUCACCUAUACAAGGGCUUUACUUGUGCGGCAGUGGAGCACAUCCAGGAGGAGGUGUCAUGGGGGCCUCAGGACGCAAUGCAGCUAUAGUUGCUAUGAAGGAACUAAAGCGAAGACGUUAAUGUUGGAGUCGCCACUAUCUGG